AUGUCCCAACCGCAACUGCCAGUAUUUCCAAAGGAUAUUCCCGAAAUAGAUGCGACUGCUGUAGGAAAGGUAGCAUUAUUCGCUCUCAAUCGCACUUUGUCACUAGACAGUUUCGAUGAGAAGUCUGAAAUCGAACUGGACUCCGAAAGUUCUAGGUUGAGUCCUCAUGAAAUUAAACCAUUGGUGUCUUUCUUCACUGAUUUGUGGAAAUAUUUGAUUUACUUGCGGAUUGGUGGACAGUCGCUGUCAAACAUUCUGAAGACUUCAGGACUUCCUCCUGCUUACAUUGACAUCGUCACAACCUACUGGUAUUCGCAUGGACCAUCCGUUUAUACUGAAUUAGCUCGUCGUACAGCUUCUGGGAAACCUCGAGUUCAAGACAUUUCAUGGAGUAUCUUUAAUCAAACAGCGAGGUGA